GAUGCCUGUCUCCUUUGUCAUCCUCCUCUUUGCCUCUGCAGCCUUUCUCUCCUGGUUCCCUUCAAUGGUGGCUGACCACCUCUUCCUCCACAGGCCAGUGUUGUGACCCCCCAUGGCCUCCCCCCGGACUGUAACCAUUGUGGCCCUCUCCGUGGCCUUGGGCCUCUUCUUUGUCUUUAUGGGCACCAUCAAACUGACCCCGAGACUCAGCAAAGAUGCCUACAAUGAGAUGAAACGGGCCUACAAGAGCUACGUGCGGGCGCUGCCCAUGCUGAAGCGGAUGGGGAUCAGCUCCAUCAUCCUUCGCAAGAGCAUCGGGGCUUUGGAGGUGGCCUGCGGCAUCGUGAUGACGCUGGUCCCCGGGCGCCCCAAGGACGUGGCCAAUUUCUUGCUCCUGCUGCUGGUCCUGGCGGUGCUCUUCUUCCACCAGCUGGUGGGGGACCCUCUCAAGCGCUACGCCCACGCCUUGGUCUUUGGCAUCCUGCUCACCUGCCGCCUGCUCAUUGCCCGCCAGCCCGAGGAGCAGCCGCUGGAGAAGAGGACCCUGGCCGUGAACGGAGAGGAGCAACCACUUCUCGCAGAAGGGGAGUCGGAGAAGGGCAAAAUCAAGGUCUCCUAGUGGGGCCUUUGAGGGACACACGGACCCUCCAUGCAGCUCUUUUCCCCAAAACAUCUAAGAAAAAAAUGCGUUUCUUUUCCUUUUUGGUUCCGUAAAGGGUUGCAUAUCGGAGCAUGGGGCGAACCUUAAGUUUGCCAACUCAACAGCAACUUGGCUUGUGCACUCCAAACCUCUACAGCUGCCCUCUGCUGCACCCCCCACGUGUGUAGAUAUGAUUUAAUUGUAAAAUGGUUCUCGAGGGGAAUAAGUGUACCUUGUGUCGGGUGUGUAUGUGUGUGUUUUGUGCAUUGGUUGGUUCGGAAAGAUUGCUCGAUGGCGGAAUCACCUAAAUUGCCUCUGACCCAAUCCAGAUUCUUUAGGAGCAAAAGGAGUGGGAAGGAAGCUCCGAAUCCUGCGCUUGUCAACUUCCCUCGUUCUUUCCCCUCUUUGCCCAGCAUUGGAGCGAUGGACAUUUAUUUCUUGCUUCACAUGAGCCAAGUGGUAACUCCCACACAUCUCUCUCCACAGAGAAUAAAGAAUGUUGUAUACCCAAUAAUGAUGAUGAUGAUAAUAAUAAUAAUAAUAAUAAUAAUAAUAAUAAUAAUAAUCACCUGCAGUUAUUUCAGUCUCCCAGGUCUGUCUGUGCUACUCUCACAAGAUCCAAGACUUCUCCGCAUUACCCAACACAUUAACCUGCUUUUCCUGCCGUCCAUUCACUCUCUAACUUUAUGGAGUGACGGGUUACUGUGGGUGGGUUGGAGCCUGGCACUAGGGACGAGCAAACCUGAAAAAUCAGAUGAUAGUGAAGUUGCUCUUAAGAUGCUCUUCACCUUGGAGGGGGAAUGAAGAAGGAAAAAGGGAAACUGUCAUUAAGGAACACGUCUCUUAAAUGUAUGUUGCCUUUCUCGGUAGUGUCCGGUUGCAUUCCUCCCUUCUUUUUCUCCCCUUAAUUUAUAAAAAAAUAAUAAACCUUUUUAAAAUUUGGAGGAAA